AUGCGAUUCGAAGUGCCAGUUUCUGAAAUAGACUCGGGUGACGAACUUGACCAGCUUCUCUUCGACUACCUCGGUUCCCCCAUCCACCCACCUACCGAGGCCAAGGGAAAGCUGCAGCUCUCCAUGGCAUCGACAAGCUCAGCCCCCGGUGCCUUGUCGGACGGCCAGAGCCAUGAAUCCACUCCUAGAUCUGCCAGAAGGUCUGCUAGAGCCAAAAUAGUCUCUGCUAAUGUUGAUGUUGCACCAAGCGAUGCCUCCCCUACCACCGACCCCAGCCUCAUUCCCUUCGAGAACGCGCUGAAUGCAUUCAGAAAUCGGAUCCAGAACUCGGAGAUCGAAAGUCUGUUCUGGAUUCUCCCGGAAGACCUAUCGAACCUUGGUCUCAGCCCUCUGCCAUCCAACACACUCAACGUAGGAACUGGCACGAUGAGCACCCCCGGUCAUCAUGAAAAUGAUCAGCGCGGAUUUGCCGCAAAGGAAAAACCGAUGAAUUACGAUGGUCUUUCCAGAGUGGAUUCCCGAGUGAAAAGACGGGCCAAGUUAAGACUGAUGCACGUGAGACGACUACUCGACGUGAGUCAAGAAGAGGAUCAAUCUAACGUCAAGAUUGAAGAUCCAGACUCGGAGCAGGAAAUCUUUCAUGAUUCCAAGACCACGCUUGUUUCAACCGAGACGGCCAUUCCGGUCCAGCCUCUUCACCCGCAAGCUGUGAAAUUCGAUCUAACGGAAUCGACCCUCUCAGUCAGCUCGCCCAGCAUUCACGGCGCAAAAGUUCAAGCCAAGUCGAGUUUUGAGGAUUUCGUGGACAAUCCAUUUGCCAAAGCCACCUUCACAGAUGGCUUGACCAAAUAUCUCCCUGCGGGAAAUCUCUCCUCGACUUUAUCAUGGGCAGACUUCUCCCCAAUUUCCCCAUUUGCCAAGCCCACCACGACAAUUGAUCCAACCGGAACAACUCCCCAAAUCAACCCUUCCAACGAACCAGUUGUCACAGCCGCCGGUAAUGAGGCUGCGGCCAAUACCAAGGAAAUGGUGGCCAGCAAAGACAGCGAAUAUCGCAGAUCUCCCCUCCAGAGCCCCUCGAUCAGCACUCCCAUUGAAACCCCAUUGAGUGCACAAACCCCAGACAGCCUGGCCGUGAAUCUAUCGAACAGCAGUGCGCAGACUACUCCAGACGAGCAUCUCCAGGCCUCGAGCGCUGAGAACAACGAGAUGAGCUUCCGGAAAAUGGCACUAAUCGAAGAACUCAUUGGUAAGAUAUGGGACCUCCGAACCGCGUCGUUCCUGAGAUCAAAGAUGAUCGAAGCAGGACAGCAAGUCAAGAUCGAUGCACUGCAGCGGGAAAACUCCAAACUUCUCGAAGAGAAGGUCCAAGCUCGCCGAGAGAUCGACCGACUGCAAGCAAGAGUGUUUGAAAUCGAGCAAGAGGCGCAGGCCGAUAGGCUGAAGAUCUUGCAGUUUGAGAAACUCUUCCGGGAGAUUUCCAUUCAUUUCAGCCAGGUCAAAAGCCUUUUACCUAACAUGCCUUUCGCCGGCGAUCAGGAAAUGACCCUCGCUGAGAGGCUGGGGGCGAGGCUGAAUGCUAUCGACAGUGCCUUCCAGGCUCGAAUUGAUAUUCGGCGACGGGCCCAGUUAAAAAAGGACGCCACGGAGGCUUUGGGAUUCGGAGGAGAUGGAGAACAAGCGUAUCCGUAA